AUGAACACACAGCUUGUGGACGAGAAGACACUGAGAAGGGAACUGAACACUCUGCUCACCUAUAUGCCGGACGGCUGUAAACUCAAGAAUCCUUUACAUUUAUAUUUUCGUAGAUUGAAUCGCAACAUCAACUGGAUGACAACGGCACCUUUCAUGUUCAACGAAAACACCAAAAAAAAUGGUAUAGCCUUCGUCGAUCUAUUGAAAUAUCUGCGCGCUCUGGUGAUUUUGGAGAACAUUAAAGUCAUACUGUACUAUGAUGUCAAUGCAAUGAAAAUUUCACAAUUGGAAGAUGACAUUAUCAUUAAAAUACCAACGUCAAAGUUGAGAAAUCAGUUUGGUUAG